UAUUCCCUAAAUACUUGAUAACUACGGCCACCACUCACCAUUUCGUGAAAAUCCUGAAACCACGGUUGCCGGACACCAACGACGCCGCAAUUCUUUUCUCUCUUUCCACCAUGGCCACUUCUGGGUUUCUUCUGUACCUUCUUUCUGCCUCUUCAAUCGCCGUUCUCUCUCUUCUCUACCUCUCUGACUCUUCUUCUUCUUCUUCUUCCUCCACCACCGCCCUUUCCGCCUCUCUCUCCACCGACAAGACCUGGCCGGAUUUGGAGCCGAGUUGGAGACUUGUGGCGGCGACGGUGAUCGGAUUUCUCGGCUCCGCUUGCGGAACCGUUGGAGGAGUCGGCGGCGGCGGCAUUUUUGUCCCUAUGCUUACGUUGAUUAUUGGGUUUGACACCAAAUCUGCUGCUGCCAUUUCCAAAUGUAUGAUAAUGGGAGCUUCUACAUCAUCGGUUUGGUACAAUUUAAGGGUGGCUCAUCCGACGAAGGAUGUGCCGAUUAUAGAUCAUGAUUUGGCGUUGUUGUUUCAACCCAUGUUGAUGCUUGGAAUCACCGUUGGUGUUUCCCUUAGCGUUGUUUUCCCCUACUGGCUUAUCACUAUUCUCAUCAUUAUUCUCUUUAUUGGGACUUCCUCCAGGUCCUUCUUUAAGGGAAUUGAGAUGUGGAAAGAAGAAACUAUUCUCAAGAAAGAAUUUGCUAAACGAUGUGAGACUGUUGUGAAUUCUCAUGGCGAACUAUUGAUUGAUGUUGAGUAUGACCCACUGAUUCCCAAAGAACAGAAAACAGAACUGGAAUUGAUGUGCUUCAAUCUAAGAUGGAAAAGGACCUCCAUUUUGUUUGCUGUUUGGAUUUCUUUUCUCAUACUUCAAGUUGUGAAGAAUGAUGUAGCAGCUUGUAGCAUUUGGUAUUGGGUCGUCUUCUUCUUGCAGUUCCCCAUAGCAAUUGUAGUGUUUGGGUAUGAAGCAAGAAAGCUAUACAAAGAACACAAGAAGAGGAUGGAGGCAGGGAACUUGGAACAAAUUUGUGAGGCUUCAAUAGGAUGGACUGGCUCACACCUUGCCUUUUGUGCACUUUGUGGCAUUGUUGGAGGCACUGUUGGAGGCCUUUUGGGUUCUGGUGGUGGCUUUGUUUUAGGCCCUUUGCUCUUGGAAAUUGGUGUUGUCCCUCAAGUUGCUAGUGCCACAGCAACUUUUGUUAUGAUGUUCUCCUCUUCCUUAUCUGUUGUUGAAUUCUACUUGCUCAACAGGUUUCCCAUUCCAUAUGCUCUGUAUCUGACAUCAGUGUCGGUUCUGGCUGGGUUCUGGGGACAGUUCUUUGUUAGAAAGUUGAUCACCAUUCUAAGGAGAGCCUCACUCAUUGUGUUUAUCCUCUCUGGUGUUAUCUUUGCUAGUGCCAUCACCAUGGGCAUUGUUGGAGUAACGAAAAGUAUAACCAUGAUACAGAACCAUGAGUUCAUGGGGUUCUUAGAUUUCUGCAGCAGUGGGUGAAUGAGAUUUGAUCACAUAGGCAGAAAACAGUAUAAAGGAAUGAAGAUUAGUGCAGGAAAAAUAGCGUCUUCAAUUUGUUAGUUGCUUUGCUGGUGAUCUCAAGCUGAAUCUGUUAGUGGCUUCGCUUGUGAUGUCAAGCUGAGGAAUUGGCCAACGCUUGUUGUCCAAUACAAUACCAUGUUUGUGAAGAAAAAAUAAUAAGGUGAUUGAUUGAUGACGGUUAGCUCUUCGCUGACAGCCUCAUCGUACCUUCAAAAUUAUUUAAAUGUUUCAAAAAUUGUUUUAUUGGGUUGUGGUUUUGGUUAGUUCUGUUAGCACCUCGCUAACAGCAUCAUCUGUAAAUUUCACUCUAUUGUCAGUAAAAUGUCACAAUGCAGUGUGUUCAAUAUUCUUUUGCUGCA